GUCUUGCCUAUAGGACGUAGAAGCCUUUGUUUUAGACACUAUUUAGGGCGCCUACAUACCACAAGGGACUCGUUUGUGAUCGAAACAAAAUAGUGCGUCGGGAAGUCCGUGGAGUUUGAGGGGAAAUUCAGAAGGUUUGCCAACUGUUAAAGGAAACCGUUUGUGGAGAGUGAAAGAUUCACACACUGCUGUAACUGGAUAUUACUGACAUCAACCUUCAGCAUUAACGACGUGGAAGGAAAAAUGUUUCCAAUAAGCGGAUGAGCGUGUGAUAAAAUUUCCUGAUAAAUUCUGACACAUUUUAUAAAUCUCCGAGAGACACGAUGCUGAAGUCGCCGACAUUCACCUUCGUGUUGUGUGUUUACGUUUGUCUGAACCGCGCCUUGUCCGGUCCCGUCCUAACCGAUGUCCGUUUGACAUGCCACAAUUUUAAGACUGUGUUAUAUUGGAACUACAGCGCACCCGAUCCGAAGCCUGAAUUCAGCAUAACAAUUAGUGGAUAUAAAAAUAAGGUCGAGUGCUCAGUGCUCACCAAUCAGACCUACCUGGAUAUCAGUGAAUACACUCAGGAUGCUGAGGAUGGUUACUUUGUUCAAGUGACAACUCAAGCCAACGGAUCAGAACUUAAGACUUCAUCUGGAGGCAUUGGCUUUAGCUAUAACGAGGACUUUCCUACCGAUGUUGAAUGUGUGGUGGACUUCCCAUCAUUGGAAGUUUCUGUCUCUGACCGCAUAGUCAAACUCUCCUUCAGUCAUCCCUUUUAUUUCUAUAAAGCUGAAUCCCUCAGAGGUGAUUUUAUGUGCACGAUUUCUUAUAACGAGACGCAGAGAACCUGUGAACCCUGUUAUGUGGAAGAUGUUCUGUGUAAAGAAGAGUUCGAGCUAUCUGAGGGUCUUUAUGGGAAAUGCAUGAAUGUAAACGUCAUGGGAAUUGUUAAUAGCAUACCAACUGAAAUUGACAAAAAGGUGUGCGGCCCUGAAGCUCCUAUAGUUCCUCCAGAUUGGCCAAUGAUUAUAACCAUUUUGCUAUGCUCUGGGUUCGCCAUUCUGAUUCUAACAAUAUGGGGAGUCAUUGCGUACAAGAAACUGAUUCAGUCUGACUCUCAAAGCACACUCUCCAAACUCCUGGGAAUAGUGAAAUCUGAUCACGUCAAUGUGCCCGAGGAGCCCACUCUGUCCAAGGUGACCUCUGUAGGUCACACCCCUCUGCUGGAGACCACCGAUCAGAUCUUUGUAGACACAUCCAUCUCCAAGUUUGAAGACAACUCUCACUUCCCCACUCACUUCCCCAAUCACUUCAGUUCUAAUGUAGCAUUGCCAGAAAAGCAAGAACACCGAGAGGAGGAGGAAGAGGAGGAUGAAGCAGAUUCUGAAGUCUUUGACAGUGGUAACAGCUUCUCAGGCUACGACAGCCAUAAGUUCCCUAUUGACAUGGGACAAGGAGACAUAGUAGAAGCCUAUGGGCCACGUUAGCAUAAUGUGCACCAUUUGGUAAGCAAAACUAUUUCAAAACCUUUUCCUGUUCUUGAACUUGGAACGAGUUCCAAAAUGUUCAGUAAUAAAAAACACCUUUUUCCCCCUAAAAUGAAACCAUCAAGCUAUAAACCUGGAAUGAGUACCAUUUGUGUUUAAAUGCUUUCAUAAAUGAUUCAACAAUACCCCGUGAAGCUGCACUUCCAUUCCCUCCAACUCGCUUGGCACUGUUUUAACCAGUGUCUCAAUUUACCUCACUGUAAAGGUUUUUAGGUAAUACACAAUCAUUUGAGUGGGAAAAUAAGGAACUCCUUGGCAGCUUCAUUGCUGACUUAAUAUAGUUUUUUCGUUGUUGUAGCACUGUUACACACAGCGCUGGAAAAGGUUUUAACAUUAAAGACAUUAAAGACAUUCAACCAAGCGGAUAACCCAACGGAUGUGGAAUAAAGAAUGUUGAUAUUGCUCACAGGGUGGAUGGGACCUUCUGACUGCAGGAGAUAAUGAUAUGAUAUGACAUUUAAUUUAAUUUUAAAUGUCUAGAUUUCAUUUUGUCAGUUGUGUUCAGAUGAAGCCGUUGGGUAUUUUAUUCGUUUGGCAAGAAACAAAGACUGUGAUAUAGACUCACUAAGACUAAUUUGAGGUUUGACAAUUUGCCUUAUUAUUUUUUAUUAAGGUUUUAGUUUGGGGGGAGUUUUUUUUCCCUUUUAUGCAUGUAUCAUCAAUGACGAUUAAGAGUUGAACAAUGUAAUGUCUUCUAUUGUCAGAAAAAGAGCUGAGGUCUCUUCGCACAUGCCAAGUUAAUGUACUUAGUCAUGUACUAGCUGUUUGAGGACUAACAUUUUCCAUUUGAUGCCUUGAAUUCUGCACAGACAGCAAAGUCUUUAAGUACUUUAAAUAAGUUUGAUGGACAGUAUGAUCAGCACCAUCUCCUAUUGUCCUAAGUGCAAAAAAUGAGCCAUUAAAAGCCUGCUUUACCACUAUUCUAAAAGCAUUGUGGCUAUUUGCUAGUAUAGUUGAUACAAUGAUUUAAAAAUACAGAUCAGAUUUUUUUUUACGUGAGUAUGUAUAGUAUCCAAUCCAUGCACUAUGUUCCACUGAACAGAACCAUGACAAAAUCAAUUGUAUAAGCAUUAAUUUUUCAGCAGCAGCAUGGAAAUAACCGCAUCAUAUAAUAAAACAAUAAAGAUUCUUCUGCUUUGCAUACCAUGUAUCAAAACUAAACAAGCAUUUACAUACAUCUACGAACAUUUCUAUCAAGCUAUUCAGUGCAUUCGAAACACCUAUUACCGUCGAGACUAAGUGGUGUUGACACUCAAGUAUUUUAUUGAUUACUCAGUUUGAUGUUGUUUGUUGUUUUUUUUAUAUUAAUUCAUCAUAAGCACCUUAUCUAAAUACUGCUGUGAAUGCAUUAUUAAUAAAGCCAAAUAAACAUUCCGCUUUAAUUUGCUUAUGUAUGGUAUGACUGAUUUUUUCAGCUGUAACUAAACUAUUGCUACAGUUGCAUAUAAUUGGAUUGUUGUGAGUUUGUGCAUGUCCAGCUUUUUCUGUUUGAAAAAUCAAUAAACAAAACUUUGUAUGUAAAUAAAUGGAUAGAAUUAAA